AUGCGCAAGCGGAACCUGUCGGCGAGCUGGAAGCUUUCGCAGACGCUUCUCGGCGAGGGAGAGGAGGACGAGCCGCCCAUCCUGGAGGAGCUCGGGAUCAACUUUUCGCACAUCGUCUCCAAGACGCGCGCGGUGCUGUGGCCGCGCCGGUCCAAGCUCGACCAGGAGGCGACCGACAGCGCCGGACGCUGCGGGCGACACGUGAUCGACGACUCGGACUUUGCGGGCCCGCUCAUCUUUUGCUUUGCGCUGGCGGCGGUGCUGCUGCUCAAGGGCAAGGUCCAGUUCUCGUAUAUAUACGUCGUGUUUGUGACGGGCCUGCUCGCGCUUUGGGCGGUGCUCAACCUCAUGUCAAUGAAGGGGAUUGACAUCUACCGCACCGCCUCCGUCCUCGGCUACUGCCUGCUGCCGAUCGUGCUGCUCGCCGCCCUCUCGCUCCCGCUCGACCUGACCGGCGCGUGGGGGGCGCUCUUCGUGCCGCUGACGGUGUUUUGGUGCUCCAACGCCGCCGCCCUCUUCUUCGUCAUCAUCCUGCAGGCGGACGACCAGCGGUGGCUCCUCCUCUAUCCCGUGAUGCUCUUCUACACCGGCUUCGCCCUCAUCACCAUCUUUUGACGCCGGCGGCGACCGCCGCGCCGUUCCGGCCCCGGCCCUCCCCCUCCCCGUGCGCCUCGGUGAGAGCCUGGAUCCCACGGACGCUCACGUCGCUGCGCGCAGUGUAGAGAAGUGCGCUGCGUGGCCCCUAGCCCGCAGUCCUCGGCUCAUGCAGGCGAGCGGUGUCGCAGAGUCGCGUGUCGCGAUGGUGUCGCAGCCGGGGCGCGGCGGUGGUUAAAUUCUGUGCCUGACGAUCGGUCGAUGGCUGUGCACACGACGAGGGUGAGCUUGGUAGAGACGGCGCCCCAACCUGUGUGCGUUCCGCUAUUGCGCUAAUAACCA